AUGAUAACGGACUAUGUGAUGGAAGAAAUGGAAGGAACGAAGAAGGAACGUAUCUUCACCGGAAUAGCUGCGGAUCGAGCACGCGACAUCGCUGAACCGGUUGCAUAUGAUGUAAAGGAAAAAUACGUAACCACAGCGAAUUCGCAGUCGGAACCGUUGUCUGGUAUGGAAAAGGAUAUGAAAAACAAUAUCGUGGAGUUGUACCUAGGCAUAUCGGUGCUAAUGCUCGGUAUUUCAUCAGGGCGAGCUCGCAGGCGCGUUUGUUUUCCCUGCUCUUCUGGAAAAAAUAUUCGACCGUUUGAUAGAAGUGCUUGUCUUGUUUCUUGUGCCUACUUACGUCUUCCUGAAUAUAAGAAAAAAACGCUGCAGCUAACUGCGAUGGAUAACGAGCGACGGCACAUGGCUUAUUCAAGGCUUCUGCUAAUCAUCGGGAUUCUGCUAGGACACCUUAUCGGUGGUGCACUAACCAGUGUCGCUCCAUCUGUGUUCUUCAUUCCACCUCUCAUACUCAGCCUCUUAAUGGACCAACGAGCUCCGCACACUCCACUUGCCGACAUGGAGCGAAACAACUUCUUCGCGGUCGGAGGCGCGAUGUCAUCUUUACUGUGUACGAUGCUCGCCAUUCUUCCUGUCGGUCGUUUCUCAAUGGCUAUAUUUCUUCUGUCACUACUUCAUGUUGCUUUUCUUACUAUACAUUUCCAGGUUGUUACACAGUGUGCUAAAGAGAAAAUCAUGAUGGUAGGUGAAAGCCAGUUCAGCUACAUCAUGGGAAUUCUCGUAAUACAGACGACGGCAGACACACUACAUCGCAAGACACCCCCUUAA